AUGGCUGCUACCACAUCUUGGGUGCCCGCCGACGCCAAGGGCGACUUCUCCAUCCACAACCUGCCGUUUGGCAUCUUCUCGACCAGCUCUGGCGCGCCCCGCGCCGGCGUGCGCAUCGGCGACAGCAUCGUCGACCUUAAGGCGCUCUCUAGCGACCCGGCCGCCGCCGGCCUCAAGUCCAUUCAUGGCGCGGCGGCCAGCUUUGCGCAGCCCACGCUCAACGCAUUUGCGGAGUCGGGCCGUGCUACCCACAAGGGUGUCCGCGCCGAGCUGCAGGCCAUCCUGGGCGGGAGCGACUCGCUGUUGCAAAGCAACGAUGCGCUGAAGCAAAAGGUCUUGGUGCCCGUCAGCCAGGCCAAGAUGCACCUCCCCAUGCAGAUUGGCGACUACACCGACUUCUAUGCCGGUUACAACCACGCUUUCAAAGUCGGCGUCCUGUUCCGCGGCCCGGACAAUGCCUUGCAGCCCAACUACACACACAUUCCCGUUGGUUACCACGGCCGCUCGUCCAGCAUUGUCGUCUCCGGCACGCCCAUCCAGCGCCCGCGCGGCCAGAUCCUGCCCAACCCGGCCGCCGCCGAGAAAAUACCCGUUACCGCCGCCUGCAAGCGCUUCGACUACGAGCUCGAGCUUGCGGCCUUCAUCUGCAAGCCCACUCAGAUGGGCGACUCUGUUGACGUCAACGAGGCUGAUGAGUACAUCUUUGGUUACGUGCUGCUCAACGACUGGAGUGCCCGUGAUAUCCAGGCCUGGGAGUACAUUCCUCUCGGUCCUUUCAACGGCAAGAACUUUGGUUCUACCAUCAGCCCUUGGAUCGUGACGGGCGAUGCCCUUGAGCCUUUCCGCACCGAGCCCCUCGAGAACAAGACGGCGAUCCAGCCUUAUCUGCAGCAGUCGCAGAAGAAGAGUGUUUAUGAUAUUAAGCUUCAGACCACCAUCAACACCAAUGGAAAGACUGACGGCAGCAUCAUCUCCGAGACCAGCGCCAAGAACCUGCUGUGGUCAUUCCCUCAGAUGGUCGCCCACCACACCUACGGCGGCUGCAACCUGCGGGCCGGUGACAUGCUGGGCUCGGGCACCAUCAGCGGCACCGAGCUGCGGGAGCGUGGCAGCUUGCUGGAGAUGACGGAGGGUGGAAAGCAGGACUUUGAGAUUGGGCAAGGCAAGGUGCGCCGGUUCCUCGAGGACGGCGACAGCGUUGUCAUGUACGGCUACUGCGAAAAGGAGGGCAUCCGCGUCGGCUUUGGUGACUGCGAGGGUACCAUCCUGCCGGCCAAGGCGUUGUAG